UCAAUCACAUUUCAAUCAUACGAGAUGACCGAUCGAAACAAUAAAGUCCUGUACAGAUGUUUCAUGUUUUAAAGAUACAGGUGCUUACUGAAGCCUCUUAGAAUUAUAACAGUGAAAUACGGAAAUCGUUUAUUUAUGCAUAGUUUUGCUUGAAGAAAUUACUAUUUCAAACCACCUGCAGGUUGGCAACAUACAGAACUCACAAGACAUUUAAAAUUCUCUCUGCAUUGUAGUAAUUGGGAAGCUUUGAGCACCUGAGAUCAUAUCAUCAUGGGAGACUGGGGAUUUCUCUCCGCUUUACUAGACAAGGUCCAGUCCCACUCCACUGUCAUCGGGAAGAUAUGGAUGAGCGUCCUCUUCAUCUUCAGGAUCCUGGUUUUAGGAGCCGGAGCAGAAAACGUGUGGGGGGACGAGCGAUCAAACUUAGUAUGCAACACCUUGACACCUGGAUGUGAGAACGUGUGCUACGACUGGAAGUUCCCCAUCUCACAUAUUCGCUUCUGGGUCAUGCAAAUCAUAUUCGUCUCGACUCCAACGCUGCUGUAUCUGGGCCACGUGGUGCACGUCAUUCACCAGGAGAAUAAACGUAGAGAAGAGCUCAAACUAAACCCCAUGGCAAAGCCGCCAAAAUAUUCAGAUGAAACCGGCAAAGUUGUGAUCAAGGGAACCAUGCUGGGCACUUACUUGACUCAACUGUUUUUUAAAAUCAUAUUAGAGGUCGCCUUCAUCGUCGGACAGUAUUAUCUGUUCGGAUUUGUCAUGGAACCUAAGUUCCACUGCACAGAGUCUCCCUGUCCGAUGGCGACCGAGUGCUUCAUGUCUAGGCCCACCGAGAAAACUAUUUUCAUUCUUUUUAUGCUGGUAGUGGCUUGUAUAUCUCUUGCUUUAAAUGUGCUAGAGGUGUUUUAUUUGUGUUGUAAGAGGUUAACUCGAAGAAGCUACAAAUACAGGACGGUCUACGUUCACGAUUCUCAAUAUCCAUUAUCAUUUCCGGGUGAACUCCAGCCUGUUAAUGAUAUGAAGCACAAUGAGCUCAACAUGGCUCUUCAGAACAGAUUGAGUCCAAGGAAAAUGAGCCUGGAUGGAGCCAAAGCUGAGCUUUAAAUAUCUGAUAAAUAAUAUAAAUAGAAAGAUAAACAUACUCUUAAAAAUAAAGGUGCUUAUAAAGGGUUCUUCACAGUGAUGCCAUAUAGAAGAACCAUUUUUGGUUCUCCAAAGAACCUUUUUCUUAAAACCAUUUCUACCUUUUUUAUCUGUAAAACCUAGGCUUACACUAUCUCAGAAAAAAAAUGAUACUAGGACGGUACCUUUAUUAUGGUAAAGUCUCUAAUAUUUACCAUUUUGGUAAAAAUAUGUACCGUUGAGGUACCAUUAUGCACCCUUUGGGUACAAAGGUGUACUUUUUGAAAAUGUACCACCCCAAUAACAACUUUUGUACCUUCAUGCAAAGGAUGUUAAAGGUUCUUUUGAAACCAUACAGCCUCACAGGGAACCAUUUAGGAACCUUUAUUUUUAAGUACAGAAGAAGACCUUGCAACUUUUAUACAACUCAUAGACAAUAUUACUACACAAUCAAGUUAACACUUGGUAUAUAUCAGUCAACUGUAACUUUUGUAUUUGUACACUAGAUGGCGCUGUAAUCUUCUUGAUUUGCACACUAACUCUCUUUUCCUGUCACUACAAUUCCAGUGAUUUUUGUCUCAGUCUCAAUCACGACGAUAAAAAAUGAUAUUAAAUAAAAAAAAUUAUUAAACUA